AUGCAUAUUUUAAAUAAAAGUUCACCUAAAGUAACCACCGAACCUGGCAACAUUAAAUCAGAUAAAUCUAAAGGUCUUAGAAUGAUUAAAAGGAUGUCAAAAUUUAAAGUAUCCAACAAGGAAUGUUUCAUGGAUAAUGGAAUUACAAUUUUGAAGACUGCAGCUGAACUUGCAAAAAUUGUGCCGUACUUGGACACAAUUAUUAAUUUGUCAAUGGAAAUUAUGAAGAUUCAUGAACGAGCAAAAUACAAUGAAAAGAUUUGCAGGUUAAUGGCUGAUAGGGUAGAUUUGGCAAUGACCUCAAUUAAACUAUUAAGAAGACACGUGAAUGAUGAUAAUAAUAAAUUUCGACGACAAACGAGUUAUCAUAAUGCAUUGGUUCAUUUUAUUGCAGUAUUAGAAAAUAUUAAAAUAUUUGUUUCAAAUAUUUCUGGGAAAAAAGGGCUAAAGCAAUAUUUUAUUGCUAAUGUUGUUACAAAUCAAUUUAAUGAAAUUAGAGAUGAUUUUGAUCAUGCUUAUAAAGCAUUGCAACUGGCUAUAUCCAUUGAACAAUUUAUUAGUCGUGACAAAGAAGAUAAUGAAUUUAAAUUGGAAUUAGAAGAAUUUAAUAGGCAUUGUGAAACUAUUAAUAAUAUGGAAAAAAAUAUUUCUGCUCUUACUGAAAUGGUUGAACGAGUAAUGAUGGUUGAACCUAAAGACAAUAAAAAUAAACUUCUCGAUAAUUUAAGACCACCAGAGAUUCAUUGCAAUGAAAUUUCAGAUCCGGACAGUCCCAAAUUUCAUGAAAAUAUCGAAAUGAGGAAAUAUAAAAAUCUUGAUGUGGCUUGUAAAAAAAUUAAAGCUAUCCAAGGUGAUACUCCUGAAUCAAAAAAGAUUCGUGCUACUUUGUCUAUUUGGAAUAAAUUACAUGAAUGUCCAAACGUGAUUAAAUUUUAUGGAAUUUCAAAAUUGGAUAUUGGAGAUUGUUUGAUUUUGGAAUGGUCUGAAUUAAAUAAUUUAAAAAAUGUGUACGAAAAUCAUAAACUUUCAUGGGAGAUCAAAUUAGAAAUCGCAAGAGAUGUUUUUCGAGGUCUUGGUAUUUUGCACCAUGAUGUAAGGGCGGAAAAUAUGCUGGUAACUAAUAAUAGAUACACGUGUAAAAUAUCUAAUUUUAAUCUCAGUCGUGAAGUAAAUACCGAAUCUCGUGAAAUCACGGAUGUUCUACAAAUGAUUCGUUGGAUGGCGCCAGAAAAACUUAAAAAAUGCGAUAAUCCAUAUAAUUAUUCAUGCGAAAUGUACAGUUUUGGAAUGUUCCUUUGGGAACUUUCUUUUAAUAGAAUUCCGUAUGACAAUAUUGAUUCUGAACAAAUAGAAGAAUAUGUUCUCAAUGGAAAUCGAGAGACUUUAAAAUUUGAGAAAGGUCCAAGUGAUAUUAUUGAAGGCUUUACUGAGAUAAUCACAUCAGCAUGGCAAGAUGAUCAUCGGAUCCGCCCAAAAGAUCCAGGCGUUACAAAAAUCUUUGAAUCAUUGGCUAAAUCCCGUUCUACCAAUGGGAACAGUCCAAUGAUCCCCUUUGAACAAAAUAAAGUUACAUCUUUGGAAAUUCCAAGAAACAUCUCUGAUACGGAAAAUGUUAUUGAAUACGAUGAAAAUUUGGAUUUAAUUCUUGAGGAUGACGAUGAUGAAGAAGUAGUAGAAUUGUUGACUCUAAACGAAGGAAUGAACCUUCAUUCGGUAAAUAAAAAUUCAAGAACAAAAGAACAAAAUAAAAUAUGUUGGGACUGUUUUAAUGCUCACGCGGAAUUUGGUGAUAAAACAGCAAUAUAUUGGAAAGCUUAUUACUUAUGGGAGGGAUAUCACGUCGAAACAGAUAAAGAAGAGGCUAUAAAAUUAUAUAAAAUUGCAGCAGAUGCUGGUAAUGCUGACGCUCAACUUAAUUAUGCCUUUGCUAUUCGAAAAUCUGAUCGGAAAAUUUUCAUGGAAUAUUUAACAAAAGCGGCAGAAAAUGAAAAUAAAACAGCUUUAUAUCAUUUAGGAGAUAUUUAUUAUCAAAACAAAUCUAAAAACAAAAAAGAAAAAGGAAUUAAAUAUCUUAAACUCGCUGCCUUAAAGGGUUAUCCCAAAGCAAUUGAAUCAUUACAACAAAGAG